GAAAAAUAAUCGAUUAGAUAUGUAUUUAUAUAAUCUAAAAUGAACAGAUUUAUUUUAUCUAGUUAACAAAGAUUACAUUCAAUAUUCAAAUUAUUUCAUUGUCUUUAUAAUAUUUCGUGCAUUUAAUUCCUAUCUCCAUUAAAAUUAUACUUUCCCUUUCAUAUUCGAAUCAUUAGUAUUUAUAAACGGAUAUGCUCUACACUGAAUGACUGUUUUUUCAAUAAUUAAAUGUGAGUCAUUUUAAUCGGUUCAAAUCAGAAGUGAUAAAUGGAAAGUAACCAAUAGUUUAGAUGGAACAUUGUCAACGUAUACUCAUCAAAGUCGACGAGAUCGGAGUAUACAGACUUGCAGUUUAUGAAACGAAAUACCAUGUGAUCAACGAAUUAAUAAGCGAUAACACUGACGAAUAUGGAAAGUUGAUUUGGGGAAAUGAAUCCUACAGACAAUCUUAUCAUUAUUAUUAUACACAGUUGACUAGAGUUGACCAGUUGUCUCCUGUUCUAUUUAAUGAAUCUAAUAAAAGUUUUAUUCCUGCAACAUCAUAUCUGGAUGUGAGUACUUUAUUCCCAAUAAAAUAUUAUGGUAUGCAAUAUGAUUCAGUGAAUAUACUGUCUAAAGGAAUCGUGGGUAUUGGAAAAUCAUUUCGUCAUUCCGGAGCAAUGAAAAAAAUUGAAGUUUUUAAUGGGAUGGAUAAAGAUGGUGGAGUGGAGAUAGUGAAUACUAACAAAUUUUUGGCUAUCAAAUGGAUUAAUUUAAGUAUUUCUACUUUGCAUGAUGAUGAGCCUGAAGAAUAUGCCAUAGUGGCUUGCAUUAUAUACUCCAAUGGAAAUAUAUCAGUUUACUUUGAGAAGAUACCAACAGAAUUUGGAAACAAUGGAGGGAAAAUAAGUAUUACAGAUGGUUAUGAUUAUGCUACAUAUAAUGCAACUGGACUAUACAUCAUUAAAACUUCGUACAGUAAUAUUAAAACUCCGAAAAUCAUGAUAAGAUCUGGGACGUUGGUUGAAUUCGCCCCAAAUACAAUUUGUUCAGAGCAAGAACUUUGUGAGACAUGUAUUAAAGCAUCCACUUUAAAUGAAAAAUGUUACUGGUGUCCAAUUGUCAAUAAAUGUAGUCAUGGAUUUGAUAUUCACAGGCCAUUAUGGAUGUUAAAAAGCUGUUAUAUUAAAAACACUACAAAGUGUCAAGUGUCAACCACUUCAGUGUAUAAACAGGAGCAUGGUCUGAGCAGCAUGCGAACCACUGAGUAUUAUUCAAAUAUUUUUCCUAACUACAGCUUUACAAACUAUACAAAAACAACUCCUGAACUAUCAACAACAAAUUCAUUAAACUCUAAAACCACGAAAAAUGGAUUUCGAACUAACCAACUUCCAUCAUUUAUUUGGGAUAAUAGGAAUACCAAAAGUGGUAUCAGUCUCCCUUUAUACUCGUUCAUUUUAAUGCCAACUGCAUUAACAGUUCUUUUUCUAAGUCUAAUAUGUGCUCUGUGGUUAUGUGUAUAUAAAAGAUCAAAAGUAUGUUAUUGUCUCACUAAAGAAGCUGAAUUUUUUAGUGUAGCAUUUUAUGUCUUUCGGCAUAAUCCAUUAAAAUGAGUUAUUAGAUACACGUUCAGUAUAGACAUCUAUAAUUUCAAUACACUUUCUGUAUUUAUUACCAUUUAUGAUUUUUGUGAAAGUAAUUACUUGAAGUAGGUACUUUUUAAUUCAGAAUCUCGAUUUUUUUAUUUAAUUGUGAUAUACGGUCCAACUCGACUAAUGUACAAUUGGUCAUUACAACUCUUUAGAAGGCAAAGACAAAGAUUGUGUUGGAAGCUGUAAUUAAAAUGUUCUGACUCAUACUACUUACAAAUUAUAUAUAUUUAUGCACAGUCAAAUUGGUUGACAUACUAACAUAGAGGUGGUAAUCUUGUGUUGCUUAAUACACGUGAAUAACAUACACAGCUGUAGUGAUAAAUAGUUUCCUUCGUAAUUUCUUGUAUAUAAUCUACAAAAAACAAAAGGAUUUCUAUCUAGAGUGAAAAUUAGAGUAAAAGAUUCAGUAAAUCAAAUGACUUAUUUAUAUAUCAACUGAUUGUGAAAGAUCCACGACUUGUUUCAGAUUUUAUUGCAAACGAGGAGACAAUAAAAGAUAAGGCUUAGAAAUAUGAAAAUAUUUGUUACUGGAGAAAAGAAUUCCUAUAUUCCAUUUCGCGGGAAAGAUUUCAACGUCGGGUAGAUCGCAUAUUUUUAAUUACCAUAUAUUGUUCUAAAAAUGUAAACAAAUAGUUUUAUUAGGGGAUGUUGGCAGCUCUUACAUUCUUUGUAAACUUGUAUUAAACUAAAUUAUCUUCAGUUAUUUAGAUGGGUUCCAUAUAAGUUUCUAAGUUGUUUGUUUUUCAUCACAUUGUUUGGGUAUAUUAAUUAGACAGACGUAAAACCUAUGAAAUGUGUCUCCGAAAAUUUAUCUGAGCCUUGAAGGUAUCUUUCAGUAUCGACACUAACUCCAUCCUAAGUCGAAGUACAACAUGUUAAUUAGUGAUAAUAUCUCUCCCGAAAUGGGCUCCAUUUAGAAGUAUAAAUAUUGUUAAAUCUCUUUGAAAAGCUUAAUAUAAUCUUUCUGUGUGGAUUCUCAAAGGAAUCUUGUACCAGUCCGGUUUCAUAGUAGUUUAUUCUACAGCUAAGCUCUAUUACUUACUCGUGAUCUUCUUUGAACAAAGGUUUGAUAUGGUCCAAUAAAAGGAUCAAUUAAAUAUUAUUCUCUACAAUAUAUGUUAAUUAAAUCCUAAACAUAGUAAAAAUAGCUUCAACUUCUAAUGUUCAUAAUAGUCUUAUAGAGAUUCAUUUUCGAAAAAGGUAUGCAUGUAUUUAUAAUUGAAUCUAAGAUUUCAGUAUUGAAGUAGAUUAUUAGAUAGAAUCGACAAUAUGAAGAUAAUCAGAAAAUGGGUUUUGUGGAUAUUAUAAUAUUUUAAUAGUUGAGUUCGUGAGUCAAUUGAAGUUAGACCACUAUGAAAAACCCGGAAGCCCUGGACGGCCGUUUCGACCUGGUGUGGGACUCCUCAGCAGUGUACAUUCACGAUGAAAAUUCAUCUUUGAUUAAAUAAGUUUUCCUCAUUUAUUUCAUAUUCAAAAUCAGCUUUUCCAUAGUUCUACCCAUUAAGUGAUUGUGAAAAUUAAUACUUUUUGACAUUUGUUUAGUGUGUCAACUUUUCAUUCAUUUUUAUUCUUAAUUUCGAUUCAAUUUCAG